AUGGGGGAGAAAAGAAUCGACAAAUAUCUCUUCAAUCCUAAAGAUCUUAUCGGAGAAGGUUCCUAUGCUCAAGUGUACAGAGGACGAGAGGAGAAGACUGGAGUCAAAGUGGCCAUCAAGGUAUUGAACAAAUCAGUCAUCAACGCUGACGAUUAUUUAAGAGAGGGGUUGAUUUCAGAAAUCAAGGUCAUGCAGAAAUUGAAGAGUCCCAACAUCGUACAACUCAUGGAUGUGAUGGAAACCAAUAACAAUUAUUAUAUAAUUCAAGAAUACUGUGAUAGUGGAGAUUUGGAUAAAUUGAUAGAAAAUUAUGUGUCACAAAAAAAGACUAUGCCUGAAAAGGAUGCGGUCAAAUUUAUGAUUGAUAUUUUAAAUGGAUUCAUCUAGCUAAUUAAAAAUGGAAUCAUUCACAGAGAUCUCAAACCUGCCAACAUCCUAAUAGAUAAAGGAACAUUCAAAUUGGCAGAUUUUGGAUUCGCAAAAUGUGUUGACAAUUUUAAAAAGGAUAUGUUGGCAUCAUUAGUAGGAACACCCCUCUAUAUGUCUCCUUAAAUUUUGGAUAACAAGAAAUACACUUCAAAGACUGAUAUAUGGAGCAUUGCAUUUAUAUUUUAUGAAGCAUUGUUUGGCAAAACUCCCUGGACUGCUAGAUCACCACAAGAGUUACUUAAAAAUAUUAGGAAUUAACCACUCCAAUUCAAAGGACCACAAAUUUCUAAAGAGGCUCAGGAAUUCUUGAUUGGGUGUUUAUAAACAGAGGAAAAAGAUAGAUUGUCAUGGGAUGAUAUUUACAGACAUCCACUCUUCAAAGGGCAUUUCACAGACUUCAUAAAAAAUGUGAGUAUUCUUGAAGAUAAAGCUACUUAUCUCAUUAAUGAUAUCAGACAAAUGAUUAUCAAAGAAUAAUUGGAUAUUGGAGAACUGUUUGCUGAAUUAGACAUGACUAAAGACAAAGCAUUAAAUGUCAAUGAACUGGGAAAAUUCUUGUAAAGAGUUGAUAAAAAUUUAACAAGAGAAGAAAUUGAAUAUAUAUUUAAUAAAUUUGAUGAUGAUGGCAAUAAUUUAAUUGAGUUUAACGAAUUUAAAAAAUGGUUAGAAGAAAACGAUUGCAGAAUGACUGCCUCAGAAGUUAGUCGAACAAAAAAGAAGGUCAUUAUCCUUACGAAGCCUUAGUAAGAUAUCUAAGCUGGGUCACUUGAUGACAGAGUUAGAAUUGUUAUUGAAAAAUUGAAGACUUCAAUUGUUAAAUACAACAUCAAUCUUUUGGAUUUAUUUAAGAAGUAUGAUAAAUCAGCAAAUCAGGAGCUAGACGUUCUAGAAUUGGGCAAAUUGUUAAAACGUAUAGAUUCUUCUGUGACGGAUGAAGAAUGCAAAUCCAUUUUUAGCUUUUUUGAUCACAAUAAAGAUGGGUCAGUUUCAUUCAAUGAAUUCGAAUUUGUGCUGAAAGAAUGCUUAGUUAAAUAAAAGCUAAAAUAACAGCAAUGA